UCUGGGCUUAUAUUUUCCUACAACCCCCACCCUGGAUUCGCCGAUUCUUCAUCUGGCAUCUUUUGGAGACAUUCUCUAUAAAUUGGUCUAGAUUUAAGAGAAUAGACCUCCAGGCUGACGCCCAGCGAAUUGUUAUUGUCGCGGUGCCCUCUUCAAGGCUUGGAUCAGACUCUUUUGCUACUUAGAAAGUCUGAACAAAAUAAAUGACUACUAUGUCUUCGCUUCCAGCUGUCUAUAUUGUUUCUUCCGCCCGAACACCGGUGGGGUCUUUCUUGGGUUCGCUCUCAAGCUUGACUGCCCCGCAGCUUGGUUCCCAUGCCAUCAAGGCUGCUCUUGCCAAAGUUGACGGACUUAAGCCUUCGGACGUGCAGGAGGUCUUCUUCGGUAAUGUCAUUUCUGCGAAUGUCGGACAGAAUCCUGCUAGACAAUGUGCGCUUGGUGCUGGGCUUGAAGAGUCGACCGUUUGUACCACCGUCAACAAGGUUUGCGCAUCCGGGUUGAAGGCGAUCAUACUCGGUGCUCAGACUAUCAUGACCGGAAAUGCUGACGUCGUUGUGGCUGGCGGUACGGAAUCGAUGUCGAACGCACCGCACUAUCUCCCAAAUCUGCGUACUGGUGCUAAAUACGGCCAUCAAAGUCUGGUGGAUGGCAUCAUGAAGGAUGGCUUGACUGACGCGGGCAAGCAGGAACUCAUGGGAUUACAAGCGGAGGAGUGCGCCCAAGAUCAUGGUUUUAGCAGGGAACAACAGGAUGAUUAUGCUAUCCGCACCUAUGAAAAAGCUCAGGCUGCCCAGAAGGCUGGGCUUUUCGACGAAGAGAUUGCCCCUAUCCAGCUUCCUGGAUUUAGAGGAAAACCAGGUGUGACUGUGACGCAAGAUGAAGAACCGAAGAAUCUCAACCCGGAGAAACUUCGAGCCAUCAAGCCUGCGUUUAUACCUGGUUCUGGGACAGUGACGGCGCCUAACUCUUCUCCUCUCAACGACGGCGCUGCUGCUGUUAUCCUUGUUUCAGAGGCCAAGUUGAAGGAGCUCAAUUUGAAGCCGGUUGCGAAGAUCCUUGGAUGGGGAGACGCUGCUCAGCAACCCAGCAAAUUCACGACUACUCCAGCUCUUGCAAUUCCGAAAGCGCUCAAACACGCAGGUGUGGGCCAGGACGCCAUUGAUGCUUUUGAGAUCAAUGAGGCUUUCAGCGUUGUUGCUCUCGCCAAUAUGAAGUUACUUGGCAUUCCUGAGGAAAAGGUUAACCUUCAUGGUGGAGCCGUCGCUAUCGGUCACCCUAUCGGUGCUAGUGGUGCGCGUAUUAUAACCACCUUGCUCGGUGUUUUGAAGGCCAAGAAAGGAAAAAUUGGCUGUGCUGGCAUCUGUAACGGCGGCGGUGGGGCUAGUGCUCUGGUGGUCGAGCUACUUUAGAUGUAUUUUUGACCUUGUCCAUAUGUGUCGAGUGAAUAUAUCAUAGCGUGCACAUGAUCUGUGGUCCUGGGACUGUUUGCAUGAAAGUGUCGAUAUCCCCUAGCUCAUGAAGGAUCAACUUUGGUCCCUACUCUCUGUGCUGGAAUAUACAUAUGCC